CUGCUCUCGGAGAGGGUCCAUCCACAUCGUUGGAGGAGUCACUUCACUCGUUUGUCAUUCGUUAGAGGCGUCUCCUUGCGGGGGGAGGUGGCUAUUAGCUGGUGACAGUUUUUUUUUCCCUGCCGCAGAGCUAUUGUCUGUCAUGCACGCCUGAUUAUCCGUACAUCUAUCUGCUGUGUCCACUUCGUGUCCCCUACUAUCAGUAGAUGGGCUAUGCCUCUUCGCUUCCUCUAUUCUCUUUUUUCUUUGAACCAUCAUUUUAUACGGUGAAUACGGAAUAGACGAGGGCGCAACCACCGCAUCUUCGAGGACAUGGCCUAGUAUUAGCAUCAGCCUGUAUUUUUCAAGUCUCAUCUACUACUACUACUUCUUCACGGCUGUGCCGGUGCUCGUCCCGUCUCCUCUGUCACAACGUUACACUGUCUCAUUCAAGAGCCUUUCAUUUCAUCAAAUUGCAUCAGCCUCAGCUCUUUUGCUAGCCCGGCCAUCUCAUCUCUGGCUGCUGCCGUCUAUUCUUCACCUGUUUAUCAUCAAAAACCCAUGGGCUCGGCGUUGCCAAGUCAUUAACCAUCAUGCCUAGAGACGAUUUGUCCAUCGAUUUUGUCAAGAGGAUGCCGCAAGCCGAGCCUCUCGACCCCGGCUUGAUCCUCGAUGACUGGAUCAACCGGGUCCAGAACCUCCCCGAAGAGAUUCGUUUCAUUCAAGAAGAGAUUUCAGACAAGGACCGUCAAUACAAUGAGUGCAUCCGCAUGAUCGAAGACCGCGAUGGAAAGAUCCAAAAGUGGAUAAAGACGAAUGGGAGUCAUGAGCCUAACCCUAAAGAAGAUAUGCUGCGAGCCCAGAUCCGCGAGAACUACAAUCGGGCAGAUCAGUUUGCACAAGACAAGAUCAACCUUAUGCAAAGAUUGCAGCUCGUCAUGGAUAAGCACCUGCGCAGUUUGGAUAUUCAGAUCAAGCUGCUUUAUGAUCGUGCUGAACCUGGGUUCACAGACCCUGAUGAGGUUCCUUCGCUUCUUCGCCCCAGUGCCACUAAUCACAGCGCCCCUUCAGCUCGCACACUGAACCUAUCCAACAAUAUCAACUCAGUCGGCCCUCUGGCUUCACCUCGCAACCCCGCUCCGGGCCCUGCCAACCCGGCCAUGGUUCGACUGCCCAACCAGCCCCAGAUAAGGCAUCCCCAGGCCCAGCAGCACGUUGUACAGCACCAGCAGCACGCGUCUUCCGCACCGGCCACGCCUGCCGCAAGCAUAAUACUGAACAGGCAGCGAGAGAGCUCAGCUGGUCCAGCAACGAAGAGAGGGCCACGAUCCAUCACAGGGCCUGGAAAUCUGCCCACAACAUCAAGUGGCCUGGCGAGGCAUUCAUCCCUGGGGCCCGGCACGCCAAAGAAUGGGGCUGGGACAAACUUGGGAGCUGGAGGUGCGGUUCGAGCAGGUAGUGCUGGGCCGAGAGCAGGAUCAGUUAAAUCAGCGAUUGGAAUGGCUGGCCGCAGAGGAACCCCGACAAUAAGCGGGCGUAAGAAGCCACCCAAUAGGUCAUCGCUGUCACGGGUGAAGAAGGCGUCGAACAGAAAUUCACCAGCCUCAACGGCUGAUAGUGACUUGUCAGACGCUGGAAGUGGUAGUGGCGAAGAAGAUGACAGUAUCGAGCCAAGACCGAGGACCAACUUGGCUAGGGAUGGCAAAAAUGGUAACGAAGCGCCAGGAGAUGCCGAUGACGAUGAGGACGGCGGCGAUGACAAACAGUAUUGCUUGUGUUAUAAUGUGAGCUAUGGAGAUAUGGUGGCUUGCGACAACGACAAUUGUCCAUAUGAGUGGUUUCACUGGUCAUGUGUUGGACUUAAGAGCGAACCGAAUGGCACUUGGUAUUGUCCCGAGUGUACCGAGAAGUUGCGCAAGGGGAAGUAGGAACGAACGGUUUGUGUAAAUAGUUUGAACAUCAAACCUGUAAUCAAUCAUCUCUGGCCGAAAUGUUGCCUUGAUUUUUUUGAUUAGUAUAGCCAGCGAAUUGCGACUCAGAGUUUCCACUAUAGUAGAUUUGCCUCUUGCAUUGACAUAGUGUUGGGAUAGAUGCAGCCAUGUGUUACUGAUGGCCUUGGUCUUGCAAGAUACAGUGAACUACGCCACGUCGUACUCCUUCACUCUCCUCUCUCAACUCUGAUACCACAGCACCCUUUGAUCGGGCUGCCUCGAUAAAGUCGUCCAGUGAGCCACCGACUCCGAAAUAUAGCUUUUUUGC